AUGUCGCGUAGGAAGCAAGCAAAGCCUCAACAUGUACAGUCGGAUCAUAAUUCGUCUUUAUUGGAAAGCAUGGGUAAGUUUGGGACAGGACUGUAGGCUAAAUGUUAAUAAGGGAAACUACUGUGCAAUUGAAAAUGAAAUGUAUGUAAUUUAAUAGUUGUGUGCAAUUCUGUAGUGAGUUUGGGGCAAUUUUAGCCUGACUUUAGAAGUUUAAAUUAUAAUUGUUUCAUUGAGUGAUGACUUACAAUAGAGCCUUCACAUGCAACUUUUCUUUCAUGAUUUUACCAUGCUAAAUAUGAUUGUUAUUCCAAUUGUCUGUAUAUUUCAUUGUCGUAGGUCUAUUUAUUAGUAUCAGAGUAGAUCUAAUGUUGCCUAAAAAAAGUUUGAACAAUGAUCACAAUUCAGUUUUCAUGUCAGACAUUGUUUAUAUGCCCCUUUUAAUUGAACAGAAAUAAUGUAUUCUGAAAAGUUAGUUAAUAUUUUGCACCCAGCAUUCCCUGGAAAACAGUGGCAAUUGUUACUGAGUGGACUAUCCUGACUAAAUAAGUCAAAAUUAAAUGACAUUUUCAAUAUUUUUUUUAUAGGCAAUAAAUGAUUAGGCUACAUUAAAUUAGAUUGAAUUUAUAAAUUCUAUUUCAAAUUGCUGAAAAAGGUGGGCAAUUAGGCUACUGUACGCUACAGGACCAAUAUAUAUUUCACUGUCCUUGUGAUAUUCCUAACUGCAAUAAUAUUUAUAGAGGAAAACUGUUAUUAUUAGUGCCAGAGGUUUAUCAUAGAGUAGGGAGGGAUCUGAACAAAAUACCAGAGCUACUCCUCCAUCCCCUUGUGGCUCAGUACCUGACACCUUUGUGAGUGGAAUCUCUCCUAAGCUUGUAGAGUUGGAAAAGCCUUGAGCCCUGAGACUAAAGGGUUCCCCUACAUUGUUGUAUUACUGUUGAUAGUAGGCAAUUACUCUGUAUAACAUACAGCUAAUAAGUUAUUCCCCCACAGGCAAUGUCACUACAAGGGGUACAAGUGCAUACAAUAGCUGCCUUUGUCUUCCUUUCUUUUCCCCAAUGGGUCAGUCAACCAGGGGGUGCUCUACAGAAUAUAGUAAAUAAAGUCACAGGGCAGAGUGGGGUAAGUUGAGCCGUUUUUUUUUUUACAUUCAGCAUCAUUCAGUCAAGGGAAAUAUAAUAUUCGUUCUAACAAAGAUAUCUACAUGUACAGUAUUUCAGGAUGUUGUGUAUUCAUGUAAACAUUACAGAUUUGAAAACAUAGCUUGUCCAAAAAAAGUGGUCUCAGGUAUGGGGUAAAUUGAGCUGUGGGACAGGAUAAAUUAAACCGCCUACAAAUAUCUGUACUGAAUGAAAUAUUACCACUACCUUUUUUAAACCAUGUCUAUCUUUAUUUGCCAAACACAAUUCACACAAUCGCUUUUUUGUCCUUUAAUAAUUUUAAGCAUCUUUUAACACGUAGGCGUAACACCUAACAAACCCUUUAUACUUAUUUUUUACACUUGUUGUUACCUCAUAUCCCAGCGAUAAUGACUUGCAUUAUGCCUGGGAAAAAACGCUUACAUUUGAUCAACUUGCCAUCGGCUCAACCAUUAGCUCAACUUACCCAAUGGCCAUGGGCCAUGGGCUACCACUUUUUCCAUGUGCUUUCUUCCUUCACAGACUCCAUGAAAAGCUCAUCUCUUCCUAAGUAUUUGGUCAAAUUAUUAAUUUGGUGUAUGGUUUCCUAUAAACAAGGGUGGCUCAACUUACCCCACUCUCCCCUAAUAUAAAUUCUCUAUAUAGUCAUAGCUGUGGGAAGUAGGGGUGCUGAGGGUGCUGCAGCACCCCCUGAAAAAUCCCAAUAAAAAAAAUGUUUUCAGCAUCUCUGCUUUGGCAAAAAAGGUGGUUGUAUAAUUAAGAACAGUAUCUUGCAGGAUUCAAUAGUUGGAAUUGUAAGAGUUGUUGCCCUGUCCUUUUCUCUGCAAUUGUCAUUCUAAUGGAAUCCAGAAAGAACAAAACCCUGUCCUCAAACAUUUACAUCAAAAGGUGCAAAGUUAUGUGCAAAGACACAAAACAUCCACAUUUUCAGCAUCCUUACCCCCCCCCCCCUCCCCCUGGCAAAAUAAAUUACAGCACCCCUCCCCCAAACUACUUCCAUACCACUAUGUAUAUAGUAAUAACCCUUGCUUCCUUCUUGUCUGUUUCAGGGGGCACACACCAGAGUUUUGGGACUCCCCCCACCUUGGACUAUUGUGCUCAUAUCUGCAGCAGAUGCUGUGCUAAGUUUGUUGAACUACCAGAUCUGGAACUACAUGUCAGGGAUUGCUUUUCCAAUCAGUUAGUCCUGAUUGUCAAUGACAAUGAAGACCCAGUGUCGUCUGCUGAAAUAUUCCCUCUGGCCUCGUCGCCCAGUACACCAGGGGAACCAAGCGAAACAGUCAACAACUCUGAAAUGGAAGAGUGCAGUGAUCUGUUGGAGGAGAAAUCAGAGGGGAAUGAAGACUCUAUGGACGUUUCCAGAAGUAAGAGUAGCAAUGGCCGGCUAGAUAGCACCAGUAGCAGCCGGAGCAGCAGUACUGACAGCAUGACGGAUAUUGUCUCAUGUAUCUCAGUUCUCCCAAUUUCACUACCUCAACCUGGCAACAACCUGACGGAACAGCAGGGGACAUUAUCAUGGUUCAACAGCAACGUCGUCAUUGAAAACAUAGAGAGCACUAAAGUGGCCGUGGCCCAGUUUUGCCAGCAGAGCCGAUCGGAUACCAGCAGUAAGAUGGCAGUCUCAUCUCUGAUGGAGAAACUCCUGGCUCUGCAGCUGCAACAGAUCCACCAGCUGCAGCUGAUUGAUCAAAUUCGUCACCAGGUCUUACUGUUUGCCUCCCAGAGGUCUGAGGUAUCAGAGACUCCGACACAGACACCCACCAGCUGCCCUCAGGGUAGUCUAGCAUCAACGCAUGCCAGCCAGCUGACAACCCUCAGUUCUCAUCUAUCCCAGCAGCUAGCUGCAGCCACUGGGUUAGCCCAUAGUCUUGCCAGUCAGUCUGCCAGCAUCAGCCACUUUAAACGAUUAAAAGCAACAGUACAGUCACCACAGAGCCCCCUUGGUAGCAGCAUUGUGCACUCUAGCACCGAACCCUUACAAAGCAUGGGUAAACUCAUAGCUUCAGCAGUUAGCAAGCACCACUCUAGAAAGAAGUACACUCAUGCUAGUGGUCUGUACCCUCAACUAAAUGUUUCAACCCAAACCAAAAUGAACUCACCAGCACUUGGCACAGGUAGCUUGCUAAACCCAUCAAAUAAACCAUGUCUACCUCAACCACCAUCCAGCAAUCAAACACUCUCUAGCGCUGGACCAAGCAUUGGUGCAAUUGUGGAGGAUCGGAAUGCUUUGACGGCGUUAGCCCAACAAAGGAAAGGCAAACCAAACAAUGUGACUUCUUUAGAACGCAAAAGGUCUUCUGAACAGGCUUACUUUAAACACAAAUGCAGAUUUUGCGCUAAGGUAUUUGGGAGUGACAGUGCCAUGCAGAUCCAUUUGCGAUCCCACACUGGAGAGAGGCCAUACAAGUGCAACAUCUGCGGGAAUCGUUUCUCCACCCGUGGGAACUUGAAGGUACACUUCCAGCGGCACAAAGAGAGGUACCCCCACAUCCAGAUGAACCCUUACCCUGUUCCAGAACACAUGGACAAUAUCCCAACCAGCACAGGAAUCCCUUAUGGCAUGUCUAUGCCACCCCAGAAACCAGUCACAUGCUGGCUGGAGAGUAAACCAUCCCUAGACACCUUGACUACUUCUGUUGGCCUGUUGCUCCCAAAUGUAUCACUCAACUUACCCUUUCAUAUCAAGAAAGAGGAGCAGCCUGUCUCAAUAACCACGCCUUCCAGUCCAGGCGUACGUGAAUCAUCCAGUGUAGUAAAGUCUACCAAGAGCAUUGACCUUGUAGAGCCUGGAAAGGUCCCCACCUUGAAUCUGAAAAGAGAAGAUGUUAAACCCCCUUUGACCUUUGUCUCAAAGAUGAGCUCGACAAAAGAGGGAUCAGCUGACUAUAUAUCCGCCAACAUCACUUCCAUAAGCACGAAUCCCAUCAAGUCGGAGCAGUUCAAGAUCAAACAUCCAUUCGUAGGAGGAGUCCAUGAUCCCCUGCAGACAUCAGAGACCUCGAAACUCCAGCAGCUGGUGGAGAACAUUGACAAGAAGGUGACAGACCUCAACGAGUGCAUCAUUUGCCACCGCAUACUUAGUUGCCAGAGCGCCCUCAGGAUGCACUAUCGCACCCACACAGGAGAGCGGCCCUUCAGAUGUAAAGUGUGUGGACGGGCGUUUUCCACCAAAGGGAAUCUAAAGACGCACCAUGCGGUUCAUCGUGCCAUGCCGCCACUGAGGGUCCAGCACUCCUGCCCCAUCUGCCAGAGGAAGUUCACCAAUGCUGUUGUCCUACAGCAGCACAUUCAUAUGCACAUGGGCGGCCAGAUUCCCAACAACCCUCUCUCUGAACAGAGCUACCCAAAGGCAAUGGAGUCUGGUGGAGGUUCAAUGGAUGAAAGGAAAUUAGAAGAGUUGGAGAACCUUUCUGACAAUGAUAUGGACUUCAAUGACAGUACGAUUGCAGGCAUGUCCAGGUUUAUUAACUCCUUAUCUGGUAGCUUGUCUCCUUCUGAUAGUACAGGAGCAGGCUCCUUUGAUGCCCAGAUGAAACUCAACUAUCAUAGGCCAGUGGAGGAGAUGCAGGUCAGCUGGUUUAAGACAAAGGGAAUGGCUAAAGAGGAUCAACAGGUCUAUGACUCAUCAUCUCUUGGAGGUGACCGAAGUGAUGGGAGACUUGCUGUUUCUGAGAAUACAGCUGCCAAGCACUUUUUUUCCUCAAGCAAGAGUGUUCCAGUAUGUUCUAGCCCCACAAGCUUUGAGGAAAGUUACCAGAAUGCUUUAUCCCAGGCACAUAUCAUUCCAAGCCCUCUGCAGUUCACUGGCACUGGCAUGGCAUCUCUUCACCACCUAAAAUCUUUAAACCCACUAAAGGAUCCCACUAAUAUGGUCCACACAUUCUGUGAACAACGAGGCAUUUUUAAGAACACUGCAUGCAAUAUUUGCGACAAGAGCUUUGCCUGCCAAAGUGCCUUGGACAUCCAUUAUCGAAGCCAUACCAAGGAGAGACCAUUCAUUUGCACAGGGUGCAACAGAGGGUUUUCCACUAAGGGGAACCUCAAGCAGCACAUGCUAACCCAUCAGAUGAGGGACCUGCCAUCCCAGUUGUUUGAGCCCUCCAUUCCCAACCUUGCUUCCAGCCCCAAUUCCUCUGUACAUCCUCUGGGCUCCCAAAUGAUCAAGCCAGAAGUGAACAGUUUCCUGGGUAGCGCCCCCUAUGGGGAACCAAGGGAUCUUCUAGGCAGUUUGAGUUUGAGGAUGUCCUCAGCCUCCCCCUCACCAGAGCUCGCUGUCCUGCCACCUCGACGAACUCCCAAGCAGCAUUACUGCCACACUUGUGGGAAAACCUUCUCUUCCUCCAGCGCCCUGCAAAUCCACGAGAGGACUCACACUGGGGAGAAGCCAUUCGCUUGCACUGUCUGUGGUCGGGCAUUCACCACCAAAGGAAAUCUGAAGGUACGUUCCACUUUUGCAUUUACGAGAUAGGGUUUAGACUGAUUGUCAAGCAACAAAAUGUAAAAACUGUGAAAGGGAUGGACACUGUAUAUAGAAUCAUGCUCAAUUCUGCGUUGUUUUUUUGGGGGCGUUUCAUUCAUUAGUGCUGCACGAUUAACAAAACAAGUCCUUUUUGGCUAACCAAGGCAGUCAACUAAGUUAGCUAGCUAGGUAGCUGUUUAGCGUUCUAUCACAUUCGCUAAUUUGUUUGUAAAUAAUGAACAAGCUAAUUAGCUACCACAUGUUCUUGUCAAACUGUCAACGGAGUAGUUAGAAUGCAACGAGAUAUGCCAAAUAACAGUCUAAAAAUCACUUGAGGGCAAACAAAUCAGAUUUGACGUACAGACACAAGUCACAUGGCCAGGAAUCAGAUUUGUAUCUGACUUCAAACCACCUACGAAGGUCUUGACAUCCCAGAAUGAAAAUCUCGCGCCAGCUCCUCGAUUAGGUUUUUGGGGAGAUAUAUGAGAAAAGAUACUAAAACGAGGAGCGGAAGCAGGGCGGUAGCUCCACCCCCCUCGCUCUGCAAGUUUUGGUCAAUGCUAUGGGCCAAAUGACCCCUCCACUUCCCAAUUUCAAAAGGUGCUCACACCUGCUAAAUCGUGAGAUAUUAAGUAUAUUGAACCAUUACGCUGUGAUAUUUUUCUCAUAAAAGGAGUGUACCUCACCAUUGCUCUCUUCCUCAUGUAGGUCCAUAUGGGAACUCACAUGUGGAGUAGUGCCCCCACCAGGCAAGGACGCAGACUGUCUGUGGACGGACCAUUGAUGUUUAUGGGAACCCAUCCUGUGAAGCUAUCAGAGCCUCCUCAGAGGCCAGACAUUAGGUCCAGUAAUGAAGACUCCUUUAGUCUCUGGAACCACCAUACAGACUCCUUCUCUAAGAAUUUGACUAUGAGGACCAAUGAUAUCUCAGUCAUCCAGAACGGAGGUGGACCUUACCUCUCUGGACCAAUUGGGCAUGGGGCCAGCUCACCCAAAGGUGGUGUAAAUGUUGGUCUAGACAAAUUACCCCAUACAGAACACAAUUCUUCUUUGACGCUGCCUGGGGAAAAUGAUACAGAAAGAGCGACUUACUUCCGUUUCACUCAUUUGAUAGAGGAGAGGAAGGAAAUGAUUGCCAAUUAA